AGUCAGCAACCUAAGGCAAAGUGGUCGGCUUCUGAUGUGUGCAAUAAGGAUUGCAUCAUUUCAUCGGGAGAAAAUAGUGCCAUAAAACUUCCAAUAUCAGAAACCCAGCAAGCCACUGUUGGAUGAAUUAACAACGCCACCAGCCAUAAGACAGUAGUUCCUCUUGUUGUGGAUUUAUCAACAAGAUAUUAUGUUAACGUGUUAUUUUUAAAUCUUUGGCAGAGAUUUCUCCUUAAUUGAGAGCAUUUUUGUCAUUUCCAAAAAGGGAAGGAACAUUUGAGGAAAAGUUUUUAUCAUGGCCACCACAAAGGGUCUUGAAAGAACUUGUCUUGUGGCAGACAGAGGCACCAAGAAGUACUCCUUAGCUCUAGACAGGAUAGCACUGCAGCAGAAUAAUUUAAAUAAAGGGGAAUGCCAGGAAGAAUCAGAGGAUAUUGAAGAUAAUCCCCUGUACCACUGCCAUAGCCACUCUACGGCCUAUGAGAACAGAAAAAUAGAACAAUGUCAAGCCAAGCGGAAGCUUUAUGCAGCAUCAAUAAUUUGCCUCAUCUUCAUGAUUGCUGAAAUUAUAGGUGGACAAAUUGCUGGAAGUCUUGCCGUGAUAACUGAUGCAGCACAUAUCUUGGUUGACUUGACAAGUUUCCUGAUCAGCCUUUUCUCAUUGUGGUUAUCCUCUAAACCGUCCACUAAACGGUUAACUUUUGGAUGGCACAGAGCAGAAAUUCUGGGUGCUUUGAUGUCGAUGAUAAUCGUUUGGGUGGUGACUGGUGUGUUGACAUAUUUGGCUAGCAUGAGACUGCUGCACCCAAAUUAUGAGAUUGAAGCUACAGUGAUGCUCAUUACUUCUGGUUGUGCAGUGAUAGCCAAUAUCAUAUUAAGUCUGAUUUUGCACCAGACUGAGCACGGACAUAGUCACACAACACAAGCCAAUGAACAUAUUUCAGCUUCUCAACAGAAGCCAGCUUUGGCCAAUGCCAGUGUGAGGGCAGCUUUUGUGCAUGCCAUCGGAGAUCUAUUUCAGAGCAUUAGUGUGCUAAUUAGUGCACUUAUAAUAUUCUUUAAGCCAGAAUAUAAAAUAGCUGACCCAAUCUGCACAUUUGUGUUCUCUAUCUUUGUUCUGGCAACAACCAUCACAAUUUUAAGGGACAUUUUGCUUGUGUUAAUGGAAGGAACACCCAAGGGAUUUAAUUAUGAUGCGGUGAGAGAGAGAAUUCUAGCUGUCAACAAAGUAGAGUCUAUCCACAACCUUCAUCUCUGGUCUCUAACAAUGAAUCAAGUUAUUCUGUCUGCUCAUGUUGUUACAGAAGACACAGUGGACAAUCACCAGAUCCUGAAAGAAGUUACUCAAGUUCUCUUUGACACUUUCACCUUCCACUCCAUCACCAUUCAGACUGAAUCACAAGCAAAUCAGAAGCCUGACUGCAUCUUUUGUCAAGAUCCAAAGGAUUAAAGCAGCCAGUGCAGCUUGUUGAACUAUUAAUUACACAUUUAAUAGGUCAAAGGGUGCGGUGUGCUGGUUGCACAUACUCAGCUAGGCAACAAACCAUAAUUAAUUGAACUGACAGGAUCUGUCACAGAGUGCAGUACACACUUUCACUUGUUCUUUGGUGCCAUUUACCAUGAAGAGACCAAGCCUUCAGGCCAUUUGUCAGUUGGAUGAUAUGUGAGCCAGUGGUUACAUUCAAUUACAAGAACGUGUAUCUAAAUUAUUCUUGACUAAAGACAACUGGCUGGAGUUAAAAUAACAUUUAAGAAUAUCUGUUUGUAAAGAAAGGUCACAAAAAUUAUGCAGCCUUCAAAUUAUUCUCAGAUGAAUUAUCCCUCCAUGACUGGUUGAAAUCUGACAAUUGUCACAGCAAAACUCAAUACCACUACUCAGGAGAAAGGAGCACAAAGAAUAAAAAAGAUCAGUGCCUAAUGGAUAUCCUGCAUGUUGCCUGCUAAGACAAGUAACAGAUGUGGCACAUUCUAUAACAGUAACCAAAAAUGUCUAAUUCUAUACAUAUCAGGUGAAUUUGUGUAAUUGUCAGUUAGCCUACAGCAACUAAAGGUUUUUUUGUUGGGUUUUUUUUUUUUUUUUGUGAGAUUAGAAGCGUAUCCUCCAUAGUUGUUGCAUAGAAAAACAGUCGAUUCUCUCUAAUCCGGCAACUGC